AUGAACAAUCCACAAUCUUAUAGUAGUGAAAGCGAUUCACCUCCUCAACCGCGAUCUACACUUACACUCGAUGAUGUUCUUCCAGCAAGUCAAUCUCAAACUCCCAUUGAUCGAACACCAAAAACUCUAAUCCAACCUAUUGAACAACAACCUAAACCUCGAUAUGAUCGAUAUCAAACAGGAGAAUCAAAUCAAUCACGUUAUUCACCUAGAUCAUUUGGAGCGAUGCGUACACCAUUUGAACUUUCUUCCGAUCCAAUCAGAAGACGAUCAGGAGAACGUACAUCAUAUUCAUUAAUCAUUAAAUCUACAUCAAACAACACAAGACUAACUCUUACUCAUACACCCAUCUCAAACCUACCUGGAUCUUGGUCAGGACAUGCAGAAUAUCAAAAAGCAUUUCCAAUGGCUGGAGCCAUCAUUGCAAGAGUGACAGCUGGUAGUGUAGGAUUCAAACGAGGCAAACGACAAGAAUAUGAAGCUGCUACUCAAGCUACUUUAGCUAUGUUUAAAACAAUCAAAGAAUUAAUUUCUCAAGGAGCUGAUUCGAAUCUGUCUGGAAUCGGAUCAUUAAUCAAUCCAAACGAAAUCUUAACUAAAAAUGCAGUUAGUUCGAUCGAUUUGAAUAAACGAUCAAUUAAAGAAGGAUUACCUAGAGAAAUAGAAAUCGUUUUUGAUGGAUUUGGGAAUGGUAGAGAUGCUUUUGUUUCUAGUUUGAUGGGUGCUCAGGGGAUUGGGAUUAGAGAAUUGAUUAGAUCUGUUAGAGAUAAAACUAUUUUGAAGAUUGGUGGACCUAGACCUAAGAAAAGGAGGAGAGUGUAG